AGGCACGGGUGCAGAAGGUUACAAAGCGAAUUCACACACUGGAGGAGGUGAACAUCAACGUCAAGCUACUGACCGAGAUGCUGUCCCACUACAAUAAAGACAGUUCCACUGACUCAGACAAGGAGAUUAUUAAGGAGCUCUACGAGCGCUGUGACAAGCUGAGACGAGCUGCUUUCAAAAUGGCCACUGAGACGGAGGACAAUGACACCAGUUUAGGUGACAUCCUCCAGGCCAGCGAUGACCUCUCCAGAGUCAUCAACGCCUAUAAGAAGAUUGUUGAGGGGCAACCAAUCAACGGCGACAGUGAAGAACCUCUAUCGACAGCUGGUCACAGCGAGAGCGCAGAAACCACAGAUACACUGAUCGACCUCGCCGGCCUUGAUGUUCCGAGCCCUCCACAGCCUGCUGCUCCACCGCCCCAGCCCUCACAUCCUGUCGCUGCUGAUCUCACAGUGAUCCCCAUCCCCGUCCUGCCUCCUCCCCCCAAACGCCUCGCUGGCAGUCAGGGCAGCAGCCCGAGUCAUCCCCCUGCCAGCAAGGCCUCCACUGCACUCUCUCUCCUGGAUGAUGAGCUACUGUCUCUUGGACUGAAUGACCCACCUACCUCUCAGAGCAGCCAAUCAAAACCAAAGCUGGAUGAAAUCUCCAACCAGCCCAGCAACAAGUGUUGGUAUGUUUGGCAGCAUAGCUUGUUCAGGUCCAGUGGUGCCACCAGCUGA